GAGAACAAAAAAAAAGAAGUCAAAUUUAAGCCAGAACUUCUUCCCUAAAGUCCUUUUGAGAAACAGCAUCACACAUCUCGCCUCAAGGCAGUGGCUCAGCAGAAAAAAGUCAUGGGAAUGCCAAAAUUAAAAAUGCUGAAACUUUUGCUUUUAUUGACCUUCACAGAGAUCUGUGCUGCACAAAACGACAUCACUCUGUCCGUGUUUACGGUCACAUCUAAGAGUAUGACAGUGCAGUGGAGCAGCUACACUGGAGCCAGCUCCUACAAGAUCACAGCGACACCAAAAAACACACCUGGACAACCCGUCUUCGCUCACUUCAGUGGCAACGUCGUGACGGGCUCCGUCAUCUCCCUGUCACCUAACACAAUGUACACCAUGCAGCUCGAAGCCAUGGACAAUGCUCUCAAUGUCCUGAGCAGCGCAGACACAGAGGAUACCACAGCUCCUGAAGUGCCCAGCAUCGAGCAGGCCUACUCUAAAAACAGCGACAGCAUCACUGUUGAAUUCACAGAGGUUUCCGGGGCAACCAGCUACAUCCUGAGGGCGCAGACUGAGAGCGGCGAUUACUUCUCUGAGAUGGUGGUGGUCAGCUCACCCGGCACCGUGGUGAAGCUCAAGCCUUACACAGACUACAGGCUGAGUGUCAUGUCCGUCAACUCAGGGGGGCGGAGCCAGCCCUCGUACCCCAUCGAGGCCAGGACAGUGGUAAUGGCGCCCCAGCUGAACACCACCUCUCCUAACAACGCUUCCAUUGUUGUGACUUGGCCCCCGGUGGAGAAUGCUGUCCUCUACAUGCUCUGCAUCAUUCAGGAGGGCUCCAGCUCCCGGGUCAAACUGAACACCACUGACACCACGGUGAACUUUAAUGACCUUGCAGCAGGGACCACCUACUGUAUCAAGGGCACAGCAUGGGACUCAGAGGGUCGAGCUGGAGACGACCUCACUGUCUGCCAGAUCACACGUCCUCCCAGCCCAGAUGUGACGUUGGUCCAGGUGUCUCCGGGACGGUCGAUUGGGAUCGCUGUGUACUGGGUGUUAGUGCAGGGAGCUGAAAACUACUUGGUCUGGACUUCUAAUGGUCAACACUGUAAUUCAACAGCUGAUGGUUACUGUUCUAUCGUACCAGUGGAGUGUGGCCAGAACCACUCUGUCUCUGUCACAGCCUAUAACAAAGCUGGUCCCAGCAGCCCCUCGCAACCAGCAGACUACAUAACAUAUCCGUGCCCCCCAGAGAACAUCCGGGUGGAGGAGCCCGAAGCAGGCAACUGCUCGGUGGUGUGGGAUAGUGUGCCAAUGGUGGAGUACUACAUGGCUUUCAUAAAGAGGGAUGACGGCACUGAGAUGUCGUGUAACACCACUGAAACCACCUGCCAGUUUUCCUGCAUGUGUGGCUACACCUACCUGACCUCAGUCUUCCCCUACAACAAGGCCGGGUCAAGCCCUUUCGCAGACGUCAGCAACUACACCACCAUUCCUUGUUGCCCACAGGGUGUUACCAUACAGCUAGUUUCUACAGAGACCCUGGAGAUCAAUUGGUUGCCGGUUAAAGGGGCCGAGCUGUACCAGACCAUGGCGGCACAGACUAAUGAUGUCAUCCACUGUAACGACACAGCUCCAGUGUGUGCGCUGUCAGAUUUGAAGUGCGACACAGCUUAUUCUGUGACCGUCACACCUUGCAGCGAGUUACGAGGAUGCAACCACACCUGCACACCACACACACAAAAAACAGCUCCGUGUGCUCCAGAGAUCCUGAAUAUGACUCAGAGCAACAACUCCACAUACAGAAUCCACAUCACAAUGCCUAACACCCCAAACACAAAUUACACCAUUAAAGCCACCGGACGCUUUGCCACACACACCUGCCAGACAACAAACUCGUCCUGUGAGCUCACACAGCUGCCCUGUGGUUCGUCAUAUGACGUCAUUGCAGUGGCCAUCACAACUGUGGGGAGAAGUCUUCCUGGAUUCAGUAAAACCUUGGAAACAGGUCCUUGCUGCCCCACAUAUGUAAAUGUGACCCAGGUGACCCAGGCUAUGACAAAUGUGACCUGGUCACCGGGCAGCAGCGCUCGCUCCUACGUCACCUCCCUGACGUCCCCACGAGGACACGCCAAGUGCCACACUCUGGACACCCACUGCCUGAUGGGAUGCAUCACCUGUGGCACCGACUACAGUGUUCACUUGGAAGCCAUCAGCAGCACAGGACAUAAGUCAGAGUGCAAAUAUUAUGGAUUCUCAUCAGGUGCCUGUUGUCCGACAAGUAUGAAGCUCUAUCGCAUGCGAAGCUACUCCCUGCGGGUGUCCUGGCGCUCUCUGGGCCCUCAGACUCACAACCACACAGUAGACCUUUACGGGACGGGAGCCAACUACACCUGCACCGCGGCUGCCGGCAGCAAACACUGCGAUAUCGAGGAGAGAACGUGUGGGGACGUCUACAAAGUAGUGGCGGCACCAGUGGGACAGGACGGGAUCAAAGUCAGCUUCUGUCAACCGAGGACAUACUCCAUUCCCUGCCCAGGAAAUAAUGCUGGCAUGCUGAUUUCUCGCGGAAAACGAAGUGUGGAUUAAUUGCGCCCUUCGGUGAACACCCCCCGCCCCAUUACCGUCAAUACUCAGCACAGACAGAAGACUGUUUACACCAACAACAACUGUUGAGACCCAAUCCACCCCGAUGGAAUUUCACUCUUGUAAAAGAAUAUCCUGAUUUUUUGUUACUGCUGUUUGGAAAAAAUGCCUUAUAGAGAACGUUAAACUGUUGAAAACAAUAAAAUAUAUGAAAGAUGGGUUUAAAAUAGAUAACUUUGGAAGUGUAUCCAAUGAUUCUGAAAAAUAUUCUCCAUAUUGUUACUUUUUAAUAAUAGCCAUGAUUUUUAUUUUCAUGUUUUAAUCAAUGCAGUUGCCCUGUCAUAAUGAAUCUUGAUGUAACCUUAACAGUAAAUGUUAAAAAAGCUAUUUUAAUAGAAGCUUAACAGUGAACCUCCCACGAAAAUGUAACACGACAAAGGUCAUUCAAACACUAAAUGAAUUUGGAACAAAAACCUAGGACUUCUCCAAGUAGAGGGCCUCCACACGGCGCCGUACGACAUGUCUGUGGGCUUUGGAGCAGGAGAGGGCCAGUUGAAAGUGGGGCAGCAGGUAUCCAUCUCGAUAGCCCGGAGUCAUGCAUGCCAUGUGGAAGAUACGUCUGAUCCGAUUGCUGGAGAUGGAUUCAGUGUUACUUCUGUUAUCAUUGGAUUUGUUUUCUCUCCGUUGACAGACGAAAAUAAUAAAGUUUUACUAUUACAA